UCUGAUCUGAUUUAUGGAAUGCAGUCUCGUGGUUAAAUGGUUUGACUCGCGACCCCUGAGACCGACUGUUUAAUUGAAGAUGGCCGGAAACUGGUUGCUGCCGGCGGAAACCACCAGUAGCGGUCGCCCAGUUCUUCAGCCUGGCGAGGUCGAGUCCUCCCUACAACCCACCGUCGACUUAGUCAAUGAAGAAAACCCCAAUUUGCCGAUUUUCAAGUCCGGUCUUCUCAUUCUGACCACCUACCGUCUCCUCUGGCUCCCUAACCCUGAAUCAACUACAUCCGCUCCGACAUCAAAAGCGGUGGCAGUUCCUCUUGCUGCCAUCACUCACAUAUUUCAGUCUAAGAAGUCCAUUAAGGGGAUGUUUGCCAGUCCUAGGGUUAGGUUCCAGGUAUCGGUUACGCCUGAUGGAAGAGUACAGGAGAGGGGGUCUAAAUCCGCUGUAAUUACAUUAGUUUUUCGAGGGAAAUCGGAUCCUGAUUCCUUUGUGGGGAAAUUCUACGAGGCCUGGAGGGGAAGAGCAUGGGUAGGUGCAGUUUCGGCUUCUAGCCAAGGUGAAUCGAUGCCAGUUGUGUUGGGUGAUGGUGGUGGAUCAAGUAGCAGCGAUACAGGAUUCGCGUUGAAAAUGCCGGUGGUUGGGGUUUCCGGAAUACUGAGAAAGGAGCAAGAAAUGUGGGAGAGUACUGAUAAGAGCUUGCAGGAUGCAUUUCAGGACUUGAAUGCUCUCAUGACUAAAGCUAAAGACAUGGUGAUACUGGCUGAAAAGAUGAGGCAAAAACUUCUUUCUUCCUCUUCCUCUUCCUCCUCAAGUACUCAAACCAAUGCCACAAACGAUGAAGAGAUGAGUUCCAAAGAAGAGAUGCAGGAGUGGUUGUUAAGUGUUGGUAUUAUCUCCCCUGUUACAAAAGAGUCAGCUGGGGCUUUGUACCACCAACAGUUAUCUCGUCAGUUGGCUGAUUUCGUGAAAAUUCCAUUAGAGAAAGCUGGGGGAAUAAUGAAUCUCAUAGAUAUCUACUGUCUCUUCAAUCGUGCCCGUGGAACAGAGUUGAUUUCACCUGAUGAUUUGCUUCGUGCAUGUUCACUAUGGGAAAAGUUUAAUGUUCCAGUUAUGCUUAAGAAGUUUGAAAGUGGGGUGAUGGUGAUCCAGAAUAAGUCACACAGUGAUGAAGAGGUAUUUUCUAGAAUAAGAACACUGGUACAAAAGCCUGAUGCCCUGCAAACUGGGAUCAGUGCCACUGAUGCUGCAAGGAUGCUUGGAAUUGCUCCAGCUAUGGCCAAGGAGCAUCUGCUUGCUGCUGAGAGCAAAGGUUUUCUAUGCAGAGAUGUGAGCCCUGAUGGUUUUCGUUUCUACAUCAACAUAUUUCAAGACAUUGAUCCCAAUGACUUAUACUUGGUGAAAGAGUACGGUAUAUAUGAUGCAUGGAAUCGUGCUGCAAUUGCUUCCAGGUAGGUAAAAGGCUGGACAAUAGGUACAAUCACUAAAAGUUCCUCGUGGGGACAUUUGUUAUGAUACAACAGCUUGAUAUUUCUAGAAGAGUUACAUCUGCAUUUUGCACUCAAUUCAAAGAUCCUUCUAGGAGGUUAGAGGUAGGUAGGGAAGAACACCUUUCAAAUUUCAAUGUUCAUCAAGAAUCAAGCUUGGCAUGUUUUCAAGGACAAAAGAAUAAAGUGGUGAAAGAUGGUGGAUGUAAAAGCAUCUUAAGAUGAUGUUAUACUUUUUUUAUUUUUUAUUAUUAUUUAAUUGAAACAGAAUUACAGAAAGGAACAUCAUUUAACCAGUUGAGUUGAGUGAGUAAAUAGUUUUUUUUUUUGGUCAAGUGUUAUCUGGGACAAAUUGUAUGUAUUAACAACAUUUGGUUUGGUUUUACUUUUUACCGAAUGAGUUGACAUAUCA